AUGAAUAUUCUCACGAGAAUGAACGCGUCGUCCAGGUCGCCUCCUUCUCUGAACGACAAAAAAAGUGGGAAAGACGACGAUGAUUUGGAUGAGGAUGAUUCGGAGGACGAGAUUGUGGUGCAGCACAGGAGUAAGAGCGCUUUAAUGCGCAGGAAAGUACUCGUUUCAGAGGACGACGUAACGGACUCAGAUAUCGAAUUUACGACUGAAGAUGUGAAAGAAGAAGACGAAGAUGAUGCGUUUGAGGACGCUUUGGAUGCGAGCUUUAGCGAGAGCAGCAAUAAGAAUGAUUUGGUUGUUCCUUUUUCCUCGAUGACGCCGACGUUGCGCUCGUCGUCAUCAUCUGACGACGACGAGGAGGGUGAAUUCGAGACACCAAUAAUAGAGACGGUGGUGAAACGACCGACGGCGAGGAAAGAGAAGACAACCGAAAGAGGCGGCGGCGCUGGGAAGAUAUCGCUCUUCCAAGCGUUUCGGAGUCCGGAGGCGAAGAGAGCGUUUGCGACGACGACGCCAUCGCGAACAGCGACGUCGGCGGCGAAACCGAUGGUAGGAGCAAAAGUUGCUUCUCCGGCUUCGCGUCCCGACGAGAGCAUGGCUUCUCCUUCUCCUUCUCCUUCUCCUUCUCCUCUUCCUUCUUCUUCCUUUUCUCUUCCGGCGCCGGCGCCAUCCUCGUCCACGAAAAAUAAACCCAACAACAACAUGCGAUUAAAAGGGAAAACGUACGAAGACAAGCAGUUUUCCUUAGACCAUUCCGUGGCGAUGAAACUCUACGAUCACCAACGCGACGCGGUUCGUUGGCUGUGGGAUUUGCAGUUGAAAAACAGAGGAGGGAUCUUAGCCGACGAUAUGGGUUUGGGUAAAACGAUGUCUUCCGCGGCGUUCAUCGCGGGCAGUCUGAAGUCGAAAACGAUAAAACGCGCGUUAAUAUUAGCUCCGACGACGUUAUUACCACAUUGGAGGAAAGAGUUUAUCGUGUGCGGCUUGAACGAGAAGCGGGAGAUUUUCUCGUAUACCGGGACGAAAGAGCAACGCGCGAAGGUUUUGAAGAAAGUCCAGUCGCGAGAAGGCGAAGGGUCAGUGCUUUUGUGCACGUACGGGAUGUUGUCGCACAACCCAGAGGAGUUUGGGAUUGUGCUUGAGAACGAUGAAGGAACGAAUUAUCGUCAAAUUGAAGACAUCGAACGAAGAGAAGGUCGUGGUUUCGAAGUCAGCGCGAAAAGCUACAGCGGCGACGGCGUUCGAUUCGGAUGGGUCGUCAUGGACGAAGGCCAUCAGAUGAAGAAUCCAAACACUAAAAUCGCGCAAUUCGUGAGACGGUUACCGUGCGAUUUGCGGUUGGUGGUUUCUGGAACGCCGAUUCAGAACCAUUUAGGAGAGUUAUGGGCGCUUUAUGAUUUAGCUGCGCCGGGUUUAUUAGGAAGCGAGGAGCAAUUCAGAAAAAAUUUCGCGAGAAAAAUAACCUCUGGUCGGUCUCGCGAUGCGAGCGAGUCAGAAAGACACGAGGCGAGGGAGUUAUCGAAAAUGUUGCGGAAGAUGUGCGCACCGUAUUUCUUGAGACGCGAGAAGGAGGGUGUUUUGAGAGAUGGCGAACCUAAUAAGGAGAAGAAAGAUGGAGUCGAGAAAGACAAGGAGAAGAACGAAACGGUAUCAGAGGCGGCUGCGAGGGCCGGGAAUAUAACAAAAUGGGCGUCCACUCAUAACGCCCCGAAGAAAUUGGGUAAAAAGAACGAUCUCGUCGCGUGGAUUCCACUCUCAAAAGCGCAGAAAACGUUAUACGAAGCCUUCCUGAAAUCGCCGACGAUCCAAAAAGUGUUGAAUAAAACUGGAUCUGCUUUAGCGGCGCUUUCCGCGUUGAAGAAGAUAUGCGACGAUCCGUAUUUGGCGUUUCGAGAACUCGAGAGUGUUAACGCGGACGAACGAGAAGAACCGAACGAGGAUACUCGCUCCAUCAAUACCACCGACGCUUUGCGCGAAGUUGCUUCUUCCAUCGGCCUCGACGUCGAUCAACUUCGCGAGAAUCCACUUCUCUUCUCCGCCAAGUUGAAGCGCCUACACGCGCUCCUCUCUGAAUUUAAAAAGAACGGGAAGAAAGUCUUGGUCUUUUCCCAAUCCCGAUACGCUUUGGAUCGAUGCGAAGUUAUCGCGAGGAAGAUCUUCGACGUUGACAAUCAAGUCACUCGCAUCGAUGGUAACGUUUCCGCGAACGUGCGCCACGAUCGCGUCACCGCGUUUCAAGAAAGCGGCAGCCCGAACCAGUUGAUGCUGUUAACCACGCGUGUAGGAGGCUUAGGUAUUACGUUGACCGCGGCAACGAGAGUGAUCAUUUUCGAUCCAAGUUGGAACCCGACGACCGAUAACCAAUCCGUCGAUCGUGCGUACAGAAUUGGCCAAACGGAAAACGUCGUCGUGUACCGCAUGAUUACGGUUGGAACCGUCGAGGAGAAGACGUACCGCAAGCAAGUGUUCAAACAAGGUAUCGCUAACGACGCGCAGAAAGGUGGGGGCAACGAGGACUUCAGUCCAUCUAAAGAGAGUAAUAACGAAGAAGAGGACGAGUUUAGAUACUUCUCGACAGCGGAGACGGAUGGGAACGUCAUGUUUACAUUCGAUGUAAAAAAUUCGGAAGUAUCGAGCACAGCAAAAACGCUCAACAGUUUACACGCUCACCAUCGAGAGUACGACGAACAAUUGAAGCGAGAGCUGGAGUCCACGAAAGGGAUGUUUGAAGUUUCCGAUCACGAUUUGCUGUUUUCGCAAGGUGACUCGACGACAGCGGGUAAAGGAGCAGCUAAAGUACCGGAUUCAAAGUUAGGCGGCGGGAAGAAGAAAGGCUCGUCGAAGACCGGUAGCGGAGGAAGUGGCGGUGGCGGCAUUCUCGGUAGUAAAGGAAACGCGAACAACGCGAAUUGGGGCGGCGCUGGAUUACUCUCCUCCUUGGCCGCCAAAGCUGAUGCCGUCGCAGUCAACGUCAAACGACGAGGGAGCGACGCUGGAGAAGAGCGAGACGAAAAAUCCGUCGCCGUCGCUCGCCUGCAAAAGUUACAGAAAGAGGAAACGCGAACGAACGAGUUGCUUUCCAACCAAAUAUUGUUAUCGAGACUUCCCGAUAACGGCGAGCGCGCGCAAUUAAAGAAACAAGAUUUAGAAAAGCAAAUAGAAGAUUUGACGCGAUCCAUAGAAUCCUUGUAA